GUGUUUAGGGUACGUGUAUAGGAAUCAACGGACACCAAAAUGAAACCUUUGUGGGAUUUGGAAAAUCCUGUCGGCCUCCAGGAGUUUGUGAUUCAAGAACUGAAAAACAUAGGUAUCAAAGUUCCUAGGUCAAAAAAGAUAAAAAAUCAGGAGCUGCCGGCCUGUCAAGCGGUGUUUGGGAACUAUCUGUGCUAUCUUCCAUGUAUACCUGUUGAAAACUGUGGCCAUGUUCCCAGAUUUUUGGUGAAUGCAGUGGAAUUCAUUGAACAGUUCAUCGAUACUGAGGGCUUAUUCCGUAAAUCUGGGGCAGUUAGUCGACAAAAGGAGCUCAAGCUCCAGAUAGAGAACGACGGUGGAUUUAGUGAUGUGCAAGUGUUUGACGUGACUGGGGUGGUGAAGCAGUUUUUCCGGGAACUGCCUGAUCCUCUCCUCACCAAUAAGUACCACGAUACUUUUAUAAAGUGCUACCAGCUGAGUGACCGAGAUCAGGCUGCGUCCUCCAUCUUAGAUCUGUGCCUUCUGUUGCCUGGGGAACAUCUAGGCACACUCCGCUACUUCAUGAGGUUCUUGGCCAGGGUGGCUGACAACAGUCAAGUUAACAAGAUGGAUGCUACUAACUUGGCCGUUGUGUUGGGACCCAACAUUAUGCAUGUGAAUACCAAUAGAACCGAGAAAAUGAACUCUUCUGAAGAGAAGCUGCUUCAGACACAAACAGCCAUCGUUGAAUUUCUUAUCCGAAACGCAGAAAAAAUUGGUAUUGUGUCCACUAGCCUGGUGGAUCGGGUCAAGCUCAUGGAGGGCCUGGAGGAGGUUUCAGUUGAGGAAAGGACAGAUGUAACAGUAGAUGAGACAGUGAAGAGAUCCAAGCGGAAAAAGAGGAGGAGUAGUUCACUACAAGGUUUUGUUAGUAAUAUUGCUCAAAGUCUGGCAAAAUGGCGAACGACACCCGUGAAGUCGACUAGCUCUCAGCUGAGUCAUUCUUCCAGUGAAAAUAUUCCCGCAGACGUGCCAGCUUCUCUACCUGUGAUGACACCCAAACUGAUGCGCAAGCGCAAGGCUUCUGGAGAAGCUCUAGUCUUCUCUGCUGCUAAAAGGAAAGCCAUCCUGAUGCAGAUGCCUCAGACGCCAUUCACCCCUGGCUCUCUCAAGUCUCUCCCUCCAGAAAUUCAGAAGGCUCUAGAAAGAGGGACACCGAAUAUAAACUUUUCCAAGGAACAAAAAAUUGAGUUCACAGCAACUCCGGAAAAGAAGAAAUCUCGUAAGCGCUUGAGUCUGUUCAGUCCCAGUGGAGCAAGGAAGUCAAAGUCAUGGUCUGUAACAACAAGCUCUUCUAACCUGAAACUUGCAGUUCCAAAGGAAAAGAAGAGGGGUCUGUUGAGAAGGUUAAGUGGGGGCAAAUCAAAGGCUGAGUCACCCUCCUGUAGCAAACAGUUGUGUCAGCAAAUUGUUGGUGAACGGUUGGCCAGUCCAGCUAAAGGUAAGGCUGAUGACCGUCAUACCUACUCAGUGACCAAGGAGUCUCCCAUAGCAGCAUUGUUCUCCUCUAAAGAAGCAGCAUGCUUGCAACUGGAGCAGACCGGCCAGGCGGACAGAUUUUUCUCUCCAAAGAAGGUUGACCUGGAGAGGUCUCAUUCUACCCAGCAUAAGAGUUAUCCGUCGUCUGCGAUAGAACGGACAAAUGUCAGACUACACCUACGAACUAGGUCAGUGGAAGCUGCCCUGAUAAGAGGGAAGCCAAACACUGUGGCAAAUGGUCUAAACAGUGGUGAGGUCCAGUUGCCCUUGAAGGUGAGACGAGAGCCAUUGAGGAGAAGGUGUAGCCGAUCAAGGUCACUCCACACAACCUCCCGAAGGCAUCUUGUGAUUGAAAAUGUCUAUGUUUCUCGUAGCAGUUCCCAGCGUUCAAGUCGUCACUCUAAAACUAAGUUGGUCAGCAGUGAGAGAUCACCCAGUAAGAGCAGCACGAGUCCUGGUGUGAUCCUCGCUCCUCCAGAAGAGUUUGCUGACCUACCGGAAAGUGAAGGUACAAAUGAUGACACUGGCAUGAAUGAGUCAGAGUGUGGCUUUUCCACCAAUUCUGGCGACACGGUCAUCUUUGUACCAUCCAAAAAUGUGAGUCUGGAGACGAAAUAUGGACAUAAGAGUAUCACCCAGGCUGUUAAAGAAAUGGAAGAACAAGGUAAGGUGCUAGCUGAUCAGCAACAGUCAGCCCAGGGAGGAGGCUCAGACUCAGCAAAGGACAAUUUGGGGGUUACAGGAACCUCUGCCAGAAAGGCAUCCUCCUUGGCUAAUUUACAGAAACCCUGUAGCUCGGAAACAACUGCUACAUGUAGCAGGUCUCAGAGUAUGUAUGAGAGGGUUGGUAAAAGUCAGCAUGCCGCCCCUAAUCUCCUGGUCUCGGCAGACACAUGUAAGUUAUUGACCAGAGCGGGCUACGUAAAAGAGAUGGGGAAGGUAAGGCAGGAGGUGGAAACACAACCACGGGAAGAAAAUAUAGAAGAAAGAGCUCCCAUUAAGAGAGCCAUGGCAAAAAUUGCUCAUCACGAAAGUGUUCUGGGCCUUAGGGUCAACAACAAGGGCAGUGUAGCUCAGAAGGCUCAGAAGUUAGCCGAAAAGCAUGCAUAUGAGACAGAAAGGCAUAAGUCACCUCUUCGCUUUCCAAAAUCCACCAGCAGGACUCGUGGAGCUUCUCCAGUCGGUAUCCCAAAGAUAUUUGCCAGAGGGGACUCUGACGCAGAACGGUUCAGGCAGAUGGCCCUCAACAGUUUGAGGAGAGACUGCCAUGGUCCUGUGAGAAGAACCUCAGCAAAUCUUCCAAUUUCCACCCAGUUGCUGAGACCAUCAGCCGAGGCUACAGGCUGCUGCCAAACACAGUCGUCACAGGACAGCAAAAUAUCUUGUCGAAGAAAACCAAGUAUUUAUAAUGUGCAAAAUGAACCUCCACGGACAGGAUCUCACAAACUUGCCAGACAAGGUGUGAACCCAGUCGCCAAGCUCACCAGUAGUGUUAUGUGUACAGAUAACACAGACUGUAAUCCUGACAUGGUCACUGCCCACGUGGAAGCUAUGUCAAAUGAGGAUAGCGUGCUUCAAAGUACAGUAGAUGGGGACAGUGUUUUUAAUUUGACCCCUCAUCCUUUUGGUGAUUUUACAGAGGAGGCUGAAAACAGCAUUACCACCAUGGAUUUGAGUGGAAUCACCAAUGCAGCCUUGUAUCCCUGUAGCCUUAAGCCAAGUCAGAGAUUUUCAUUAAGUGCUUCCUUACAAGAGACAAUAAAUGAUGUUUGCACCCCAGUUAGUAAAAAAGUGCUGAAGAAGCAUGCAAAAGUUUCACCAAACACACCUCAAGAGGGUAAUCAAGUGCAUGGUUGUGACGAACGAAACCCUUGUACCCCCCACAUCAGGCAGGCUCUGAUGGAGCGGUCCAAUGGCCCGCAUGUUCACCUGCGCACUUCAAAAGGGAUGACCCCGCGCCACCUCCACCUGCACAAGAGCUCGCCCGCAUCACCCUUGAAAGCUGUCAAGCGUCUGGCUUCUCCCAAGUCUGUCUACAGGGCUUCAUCUAGAAGGGGAACACCACCUAGCAAGCGCCUAGCCACUCAGGCCACAGCGUUGACCUGCAUCCCUUCUCACUUACAGGAACAGAGUGGAGCAAACUUGUGACAGACUGUUUUGUGAUUGACUGGAAUCAAGUAGUGAAGAUGUAUGUUUGUACACGCUCAUUUAUGUAUCAACUAAUACACGAAAUUCUUCUUUGUCUCAAGCUGCUAACCGAUUCUC